ACUACCAAUCAAGAGAUCAUCACAGUCGAAUUCGGUUCGCUUGAGUACGUGGUUCUAAAACAAACAAAAAAAUGAAGUUCUUCGUGAUAUUUAUAAGUGCAGUGGCGGUUGUGAGCUCUAACCCCGUGGCUCAGGAAGAUUCAGUGCUACGUGUGGUUGCCGGGAACUUUGUGAAUUGCAUGAAUAGUGACUUGAGUUUGUGCCUCAAGGAACACGCACUCAAAGCGGCUGAACGCCUUGGAACAGUUCGUAAGCUAGAUAUUGUUGAUGGUAUCACUAUAUACAACAACAACCCUAAAGAAGGAAGAAGCUACGAGCCUUUAUCUACCGAUCUUGAAGAAAGGAACAGACAGGUCACUGAAAGAUUGUGGGAGAGCACCAGUGAUCUUCUACAGAAGAGUGAUCUAGAGUUCAGUUACAAUGGUGGCGAAGAAGAGGAAGAACAUAGCCGUGCUCUUGGAGAUGUUGAGGAAGGUCGUGGCAAGAAGAAGAAGGCGCUGAAGAAGAAGCUCAAGCUCCUCAUCCCUCUCGCCAUCUUGGGUAAAAUCAAAGCCGUUGCUCUAGUAGUUGUUGCCCUCUUGAUCAUCGCUGCCUCAGUCUUCAAAUUGGCCGUGAUCGCCAAGAUCGCCUUCAUCGCUAAGGUCAUUGCCAUCAUCAAGGCUCUCAUCGCCAAGAAACAUUCCCAAGAAGAACACACUUGGGUGACUCAUGAGGAACACCCUCAUGAACACCACUCCAGCGGCUGGGAAGGCGGCUGGUCUAGAUCAAGGAACGAAGCCAACAAUCUGGCCUAUUCCGCCUACAAACAAUAACUUACCAAAUAAGUCACCAGGGUCUAAUAUUUAACGGUUAAUAAUUUAUUGCGAAUCUUAAUUUAUGUGUGCGUGUGAGUGUAUGCGAUAUGAUUAUGGUUUUGAUUGUUUUUUCUUUUCGGUCAUUUUAUAUUUUGUUUCUUUUUAUUUGAAGUUGUGUUCAGUAAUCUGACUGAAAAGGAUUUUAUUUUGUUACAUUUUGUCGUUUAUUUUUAUUUCCUAAUAUUUUUGGUAUAUAUUAAUAUUUUUAAAUAUCUUUAUUUUUUAGUAUUUACUAGUUCAUUUUUUAUUAUGUGAUAUUCAAAUGUACGUUUAUUUUAUCAAUUUAUUAAAUCAUUAAUUUAUCACAUUACGUAUUUAAACUUUAUAUAUUUAAAUUUUAUUAUGUAUAUAUUUUUUCAUAUAUAUAUUUUUCAUAUAAUAUUGUAUUAGUUGCAUUUAAUAUUACUGUUUUGUUCAUCUUUAUGAAAUAUGAAUAUCGUCUUAUUACUUUUUUGUAUUUGUAUACAUAUUAUAUUGUUUUUGUUCAUUUAUCUGCUUUAUUUUCAUAUAUUUUAUAUUUCAUAGUACUUUUAUUUAUCAUACUUUUUUCAAGUAUUUUAUACUAUCAUCGUUACCAUUAUUGAUCUCUUUGUUUUUAUUUUAUUUUGUUAUUAUUUUUUUUAGUUUUUAGUAUCGUGUAUCACGAAAUGAAUGUGAAGUAUUUAUUGAGUGUUCGUUUACUUGCAUUGUUGUGUAGUCAUAGAAUAAACCAAAUU